AUGGCCAACUGGAGAGAAUUGGGCGAAAUACCGGAUUCAGAGGAUGAUGAGGGCUUUGACAGUCAGCCGUUGGACGCAGAGCCGAUGGCCACGGCCGCAGCCUUAACCGACAAAUAUCCUGACGUUUGGGACUUUCCAGACUCACCGAACAGUAAUAGUAACGUCGUUACGAAUCCACAACCCCUCGAAUCCUCGAUUCCAGAAAAAGAGAUUGAUCCUGAAGCCUCAUCGCCACUGUCAUCUGUGCUUAGUGAGGAGGGCCUGCCUUGGGUUAAACACUUUUUUUUGGGGGACGAUACCCAACAAGACGCAACAGUACCGGGAAAUGGAGAUGCGGGCCGAUUAGGUGCUUCACGGGCGGAGAGCCAUCACAGCUUCGGUGUGGCUCAAGGUUUGCCACUGUCGUCGGAGCCCCGUUUUCAUAGUCCUUCGUCCUCAUGCGAAAUUGAGUUGCAAAGCCAAACCGUUGGGACUGUUGAGACCUCCGAAGCUCAGCGUGCAGCAAUUCGGUACGAACGAUCCUUGCGCCCUCGGAAACCCAUACAAGAGCAUCCGUAUCUCCUCGAAAAUGCUCAGUAUAGCAGUGUUUUGAAGUUGCACGGCGUGAAGCCUUUGCGAAUGGCCAUCGAAAACGAACGAAGGAAACGAGAUGCUCAACCAGGAAUAUCACAAGAGGAUGAGUUUCAGGAGGAAAGCCAGGAGUCCUGCGAUCCCGAAGCUCCGUUUGACUUGUGUAUGGGCGAAACUAGGCCUUCUGGAGACGUAGACGCUCCAGCUUUCCCAUCGUCAACGCCGCCACGGCUGUCACCAAUAGGCGGACUUGUCGGAGUUAGCAGCCCAGUCACCUCUCAUGGAGGGACAGACAACACGAGUGUCUUGGAUCAAGACCUACCUGCUUUAGAAGAACUGCUGAAAAAGCCUCCGAAACUUGCCUCAACUAGGGCAAGCAAGCGAGAUGCGACCCCAUUCACUUCAUCGACUCGCAAAAAGACGCGGAGGAAUAUAAUAGAGAGUGACCAAUUGGAACAAGACUCUGUUCAAUUGGUGUCGGAAAUUCAAUCUCCAUCCAUACAGCGCUCGCCCUCUCUACGAGUCCCGCGACCUUUGCCAACCAGUCACGACAGAGUUCCAAGCCUUUCAGGGUGUGAUAGAUCACCGACCUUAUCUGCAGCGGGCAUAUCUGGAAGCGCAAUAGGUGUUAAUAACUGUGCUACAUUCGUUUCUUCAGGCGACGAAGACUUGGCUAAUGAGACUGGCUCUGAAACUAUUAAUACCACGUCUCCCGAUUCUGAUGGUUCCGUUAGUGAAAAUGAGGCUGUGACAACCAUGAGCCGUCGCAUAAGAGGUGUUCUUCCUGCUUCAUGGCUGCGGCUUGACCAACAAGCCGGCCGAGAAAACGCAAAAAAAUCUCUUAGUCGCCGGACUCGGAUCCCACGACCCUCUGGGACAGAACACAAACGAGGGGUCGCACAAUCACUACAUGCCACGCAUGGCAGAGCCUCUCCCCCAAUCUUUCGCGAUGAAUCAGAUGAGGAGACGGCGCCAAGCACAUUGGAUAUCGACGAGAAGAAAGUUGGCCAUCGAGGUCAAUUAAAGCUUGAUUUUCCUGAGUUACGAAUCCGGGGACUCGACACGAAACUUGAGGGUGAUGGAGACAAUUCAGUGGAAGAGGACAAUGAGAUCCAUUUCAUGCUCUCUAGACCGUCGAGGAAACGUCAGCUUAAGUUGGCUGGUAGCUUGGAUCAAGGCGCCAAGAAGCGACCGAAACGACAAGAUCACGCCACAAAGCAAUCCUUUGCAAAGCUGAGACAAGUCGGGAUCAAGGCGCACUUAUACGAAUCUCCAAGCUCCUCUUUAUUUGAGUACUCUCAUGACCAACAUAUACGGAAACGAGAAAGUCUUCAUGUUUCCCACAAAUCUACCAGCAAACAGGCCAGGGCGUCGCCACGGAAACUUAGCAUUCUAGAUACUAUUCAGCCAGAUGCGCCGCAAUUUUUGAAGAUUGCUGCGCGAGCUGCGCGGACUCGACGACUCCAGGGUCGUUCAAGCCCACAUAAGAAGAUCAUACAGCUUGCAACUCGACAAGAUCAGCUUGAUGUGGCCUCGGUAUUGAUUGAUUGGCGAUCCGGCUCCAUCAAACAACGAGAUUCAGUCACUAAGGCGACAAAGACUUUCGGAAAAAAUCAAAGCCGUAUUGUGCUGGCGGAAGCUUCCGGGAACCGGGAUUGCGAUUGUACAACGGGAUCACAAUUCAGAGCUGAUGUAUCAAGGAAGCUUGUCAAGCAAGUCAGUAACGGCGGAUCAGUUAAAUAUAUUCCAAAACAGACCGCUACCCAUCCUCAGCGACAAAACCCGAAAAAUACUCGCAAGGCCGUUGCUGUAAAAAAGACGCUUUUCCCUCGUUCAACUCGUCCAGCACAGUUAGAGACGGAUGGGUCUGUUCAAAUGACCAAGUUUGAGUUCAACACUCGAAAGCGAAUUCUGGACCACCUGUUUCAAAAUGGUCACGCUGGAGCGAGAAAGCCGAGAAAUGAGCCCUCAUAUUUGCCAGGCAGUGCCCGAGUCCCCGAGAUACCUAUGCAAAAUCCAGCAAAACAAGAAGCGGAUAGGUUCAGAAAAAGAGUGCGUGGAUCGCGAAAUCGCAAGAGAACAGCGCCUCAGCGUAUCGAAAUUAAUGCCCCUCAAUAUAGCCAUGCAAAGGAUCCGGUCCAUGCAAGAUAUGUUGUAGAACCAACUUUAGCUGUCGCAGAGCCUGCUCAAGCUAAGUUUGUUGGCUUAGGACCCUAUGGAACGCAGUAUACCCAUCAUUUCGAAAUAUUUCCACUUCCUCCUGAUGCCUUCUUUCACGAAUCUAGUCUAAUCGGAAGCGGCGAGUUACAAUCUUGUGCCACUGUAUCUUUUUCGACGAAUGGGUCGGAAACACAACCCUGUAUGGCCCUUUCGCUUAACAAUCACUUGUUUCGAUGGGGUCCUUGGAAUGAUCAAACUUCCUCAGAGCUAGGCGUGGUGCUGGAUUAUAUUGCGGAGGGUGUCGAGACUCGGCUGGCGCGAAAGUCUGAUCCGUCACCCAAUGAACUGAGCCCUGUCCUGGCUGCGUCGUUUGUAUUGGGCUAUGUCAAAAGCUCACUUGGUUACUUGAGACAGAACCAAAGACAAUCCUUCGUCUCGCGAGCUCGCGAAUGCCUGGAAAGCCUGAAUCAUCGCACUGAUUGUCUCGUCACAACUGUCCAUCUCAGCACGCACAGCGUUAGACGAGUUCUGGAAACUUACGACAGACUGUUGCUGAUCGUAUUCCUGAUACUAAGGUUUUGCAGCGAAGACGCAUCACUUAUAGCUGAGAAGUUUUCAGUAGAAAUAUCUGUGCAGAGACUUGGGGCGACUGUGAUUGGCAUCCUUACCGAAGUGGGCUUCGGAAACCUUCAGGAGCUCUACGAGGAGCUCAACACCAAACGCUUUAGAGAAGGUGGAAUUCGAAGCGACAACACCAUUAUACAUUCUUGGGUGAUGGUCAUGAAGGUAUUGGAGCUGGCGCAUAUUCCAAGGACGUCCUUUUGGGACGUGGCUCACAGUCGAAUCUCUCCGAAGCAGCACUUGUGCAGUAACAAUGCCCAAGACCACGAACGUGUCUGGGAGAAUGUGUUUACGCUUCUCCCUCUUGUGGAAUUCAGCACUAUCGGUGUGCUAGUUGCUGGCCAGCGACACAGGGUGCCAAGUGAUGGCUGGGUAGUUCCGCAGAAGCUUCUUAGGCAAGUUUUCCAGCUAUACCAACGCGACCCACGACAAGCUGCCAGCUUCAACAAUUACUGUCGAGCGCUCGUUGGACGAUGCCACCAUCUUGUUCAAGAAUGGGGCUGGCAGAGAUGCACCAGUAUAAUCGGCCUAAUAUUCGACUUUUUCGGCUCACAACAAUUGGCACAUCUUCGAAACGAGGAGGUAUUCAAGUCUCCGCGAUUUCUUGAUGAUCUAGGUGGGAGACCGAACCUAGCCAUCGAGCCUGAAGACCGAUGCUUCCAUGUGUUUCUGAAACUCGUUGCAGUUGCAAUAAGAAAGCUCAGAGCUGCUGGUUCUAUCAAGGACAUAAGCAAUCUUGUGACAAGAAUUAUGCCGAAUCACGACCGACAGCAUCGCAAAGACGAAAAUGUGCAUGCGCGCGACCUGGCAGCGUUGAGAAAUCAUCACGACUUGCUGUGUACAUUAUUCUGGGCUGCUCCUGCUGAGUGUCGCCCGUCUCCGAUUCUUAUUCAGAACCUUGUAGACCCGGCAGAUUCCCAUAAAGAAGCAUGCCUCAUAAACCUUCGUGCUUGGACUCAGCUUGCGCGGUUUGUCAUUAGCUCAGGGGAAGCUAACAUAUCAUGGAAACCUUUACACGCCUGGCGAAAUUCAUUUUUUGAACAGGUACUCAAACAGUUCAACUCAGUGGCGUCCGAAGUCGCACUGCAGAUCUCAACUCUUGGAAAGGAAGCCAGUGAUUCGAUCACUGGUGAAAUGAUCAACGCCGCAGUUUCUGUCAACAAGGCCGCUUUGAUUGACGUUUUGUACGCAUCGUUGGCAGCGUCAUUGCAUGUCAUCCAACAUGCACCGGAUCUGCUGACAGCGACUUUUUCCUGGAAUACAAAACAGCUAAGAACCAUAUUUGACCAGUUCUCAAUGACACCUGACCUGUCGUGGGGGCUACUCAGAGUGUCUUUGUCAACACUUGAGACAAUGCUGUCAGAGAUCGAUGAUUGCAAGGCGCGCGAAGAGAGUCAAGAGAGCGUGAACCAGAUACCGAAUGCCGCUGUGGCGGACAAUGCGCUCCAAGCUCUGGAUAAGGACUUGUCCGAGAAGUUUUUCGGCAUGGCGAGGCGUGUCCUUGCAAUUCCCCUUAAUGAACAAGAUUCCCACCUUCGUCAACAAGAACGAGCGCAAUGUACCGAACAGAUCGUCAUCCUUGCCGCACGGAUGAGCACGAGAUUCAUCAACGGCGGCUCGAUGAGGCUGUCUGGGGCUUUCCAGGGAAGCUACCGGCUAUUCUCGGAAUCGCCGUUCAAGUUGGAUCUGCGUCAACGGCGAUAUAUGGUUUUGUACAUCUCAACUUUGCUACGAUACGGCAUCAAUGAUUUCGACGACGCUGGUUUUAGACUUUGUGACGUUUGGGUCUCUUCUCUGGCCAAACCUCGUACAUCUUUACAGUAUGAGAUUGAAUUAGGCAAAGAGCUUCGUCGCCACGGAGAAAUAUUGGUACCCGACACUGUGGUGGAAAUUUCUACACAGCCUGAUUACAAUACCAACCGGGACCUAUUGGAGUAUGCAUUUUCCACAAUGCGCAAAGCUGUUCGAGACGCCGAGCCAACCCUCCGCGCUGCAAGGAUGACGGAAUAUUCGUCGUCGCUUAAGUUGAUGAUGGACCAGAUUAAAAACGACGUCAAGAAUGACACGCAAACAUCGAAGGAGCAUGAUGGCUACGUCGUAUUUGUUCAGGACGUUAUUUCUCUUGUCAAGACGCACGUGUCUGAUAUAUGCGCGGUGAACGAUUACUUUUAUCAAAUAAGCAACGAAUACCAGCCGUCCGCAGAAGAUCCUCAGCUCAAAGUCGCCAACCUGAAGUCAUACGGCUUGCGGCUGCAGGAUGGCGACGCUCGUAUUGGCCAGUCGCUCUUCCACCUCCUAUUCAACAAUGCCAAAUUCUCCAUUUUCAACGACAAGUUGAGGGAAGAAGUGGAUAUGCUGGGCAAGGGCAUGGCCAAUACCGGCGUCAAGAUAUUCAUCAUGUCUAAAAUGCUGCCCUCUAUAAUCUACGCAUCCUUCAAAGAGACUGACGCGUUUCCACUACUUGACAUUUACGUGGAGGCCAUUGCACUUCGCUUGCGUGGCAAGACCGUGCCACUGGAGCUCUUUGCUGAUGAUGCGCCCGCCAUUUGUGCGUUGCUGCAAGCUAUGCUGAAUGGAAUAAAGGGAUUGUUCAAGGGUGAAGGGGUCCUGACGGGGUCUCAAAUUCACGUAAUGAAUCAAGUGGUUGGCCUUGGAAAUUUGCUCUGGGCAUCCAUUCACGUGCUUUCCAUGUCCAACUCGCAACCGCCGUUCUGGACGAUGUUGUGGAGCUUGUUGUGUGACCUUUGGGGUGUAAUUUCAAGGUGGCACGCUCGUCUGCAAAGUUCCAAUGGACAAGAGUUGAGCGUCGAUAUAGCCGGCUUCGAAAGCCUCCCAACCUGCCCGAGGGAAGCUCGGAGCCAAGCAAACGGAUGCGACUCGGACGUGGCGAACUUUGCGGAAAACAUUGUCCAAGACGUGAGGAAGAACUGGAAAGUUACCGAAGACAGCAUUGCGAUACGUAUGCCCGGCCAGAAGCAAGGCGCGGCUCAAGGGCCCCCGGUGGCAUAUGCUGGGUGGAAAACAGAAAGCCUCGUUGACGAGUUGUACAAUGAGAUCCAGGAGUGGAACUGGUGGUGGCGUAAGGCGAACGGUCUGUCAUCUCUGCCGAACCCGGAAAACGAAGUAUUUUGA